UUUCUGUUUUGGUUUCCCACGCAGAUUUUAAACUUGAGUUUGUUUUUCACACAGAAAUAUUGGGAUCAAAACAUGUGCAUGUAGAAUCUCGACAAAAGAUCGUAGAGAUCGAGUGAGCAAUAUUUACAAAUGACUACGACGGGUCCGGCGAGGACAAGCUCAUUGAUGGACGAUCUCUUGGGACUCCUUAGAAUCCGCAUCAGACGUGGCGUUAAUCUCGCCGUCCGUGACAUCAAUAGCAGCGACCCUUACAUCGUCGUCAAAAUGGGCAAGCAGAAGUUGAAGACUCGUGUCAUUAGCAAAGACGUAAAUCCAGAAUGGAAUGAAGAUCUGACUCUCUCCGUCACAAACCCCAGUCUUACCGUCCUCUUGACGGUGUACGACCACGACAUGUUUAGCAAGGACGACAAGAUGGGUGAUGCAGAGUUCGAGAUAAAACCAUAUAUUGAGGCUUUAAGGAUGCAACUUGACGGACUUCCUAGUGGAACCAUUGUCACCACGGUUCAGCCAAGUCGUCGCAACUGCUUAGCCGAGGAGUCUAAAGUCACUUGGAUCGAUGGUAAGCUCGUCCAGGAUCUCGUUCUCAGAUUACGACACGUCGAAUGUGGAGAGGUCGAGGCUCAGCUUCAGUGGAUUGACCUCCCUGGCUCCAAGGGUCUGUGAAACUUCUCUUUACUAAUCACCGUUACUUUUUAAGGUUUUUUUUCUUUCAAAUUGAAUUAAACCUCACAAUCACAACAAGUGACAGAACCAUCUUGAUGGUAUUAGUGAAUUAGAAGCGUGUAUUUGUCCAUAAGAAUAUAAGGAUUAUUGGAUUAAGAACGUUGAGGGAAUUUUUGCUCCCAUAUGGUGAUGGAGUCAUGGUGGUGGAUAUUGUCUAUGUAUAUUUGGGUUUAGAUUUGUGCCUUAAAUAAGGCUUUAAUUUGAUUAACA